AUGGCAGCUUAUGCAGCUCUGCUUUCUCUUACCAAAACCAUAGACCAAAUCCAAAAUCACCCCCGCCCACCCAUCUCCCUCGACAAACCACAAAUCGAACCUCUGAUAGAAAAGGUUGUUUUCUUGCAAGAUUUUCUUGAAAAUUAUAUCAUUGAUGAUGCAGAUGGGUUGGAGGGCCGUAUGAUUGAUGCGGCUCACGAGGCAGAGGAUAUCAUUGAGUCUCAUAUUGCCGAUCAUUUUGAGGCUCUUGCUAAGGCUAACAUCACUUCGAAAAACGGCUCUUUGUAUCGAUACCUACAGAAAAAGAUAAGAAAAAUGACCCUUUGUAUCAAUAACAACAAGAGUUUGAACAAAGACGACUCGCAUCAAAACCUACAGAAAGUGAUGCACGACUCCAAUUCCACCACAAAAGACGACUUGUUGUAUCGAAACCUACAGAAAGUGAUGCACGACUUGAAUUCCAUCACAAAAGACGUGGGUGCUGUUAAAGAGAAGGCGAGGAAAAAAAUUGCUCCUUCUUGCACAGAGGAUGAUGCCAUGGUGGGUUCUGAUGAUGUCAUGGACGACAUCAUGGAUAAGCUGAAAGGUCCUUCUUCAGAGGGGAACAACAGUGUCAUGAACGACAUCAUGGAUAAGCUGACCAAUCAACAAUCCAAUCGUAGGAUAAUCGCGCUUGCCGGCAUGGGCGGCAUUGGUAAGACCACUCUUGCAAAAAGAAUUUAUGAAAAUCGAGUUACUGUGGAAUACUUUGAUAUUCGUGGAUGGGCUACAGUCUCUCAAGAAUUUGAUUCGAAAAAGAUUUUGUUACAAGUCCUUGACUGUUUGAAAAAAACCAUGGGGAGUGAGGACAGCGAAUAUGAAGAAUUAGGACAAAAACUGUAUCAAAGCUUAUACGGCCGACGGUAUCUGAUUGUGAUGGAUGACAUUUGGGGUACGGACGCGUGGGAUGGGGUGAAGCGCUUCUUUCCCAAUAACAACGACGGGAGCAAAGUGUUGAUAACCACUAGGCUAUCGAAUGUGGCUUUGCAGCUGGAUGGCCCAGAUUACAUUCAGAUGAGGUUUCUGGAGAUGGACGAAAGUUGGAAUCUCCUGCGUAGGUGUGUGUUUCAGGAACAAGGGUGUCCGCCGGAAUUGGAAGAGAUUGGGAAGGAGAUUGCCAGGAACUGUAGAGGCCUUCCAUUGUCAAUUGUCGUGAUCGGGGGACUCCUAGCAAAGUCUGAACAGAAACGUGAAAACUGGAAACACGUUUUAGAAAAUUUAAGCUCGAUCGUGAAUUUAGAGGAAGACGAGAGUUGCUUUAGAAUACUAAAGUUGAGCUACAAUCAACUGCCAGUCCAUCUGAAGCCGUGUUUUCUGUACAUGGGCAUGUUCCCGGAGGACCAUGAGAUUCGCGUCCCCACACUCCUUAAACUAUGGGUUGCUGAAGGAUUUGUGAAACCAGUGGCCGGUCAAAGUCAGGAAAAAGUUGCCAGAGUAUUGUACCUAAAUGAACUCGUCCUCAGAAAUCUAAUCUUGGUUCGUAAGUGGGGCAGUACUCGAAACAUAAAACGGUGCGCCAUCCACGAUCUCCUGAGGGACCUCUGCAUAAAAGAAGCCGAGAAAUACAAAUUCUUUCGCACCAUGGAAACAAUAACGCACAACUCUGAACACGACCAAAGUUGGCGUGGCCAACGCCGUAUCGGCAUUCAGCAAGCCGAAUGGUAUUACAUUCCCCCUCCACUCCCCGAAGCAGUGGAAUCCGCAUCACGCGCGCGAACUCUGAUAUGGAACGUUGAGGAAGCUUUACCAUCUCUAGUUCCUUUCAGAUUUCUUAGGGUUCUGAAUGCAUCAUUCGAUAUAACUUUUUUUAAUUACGAGGCGUGCACACAUCUGGUUGGAGAAGUAUUUCAUCUUGUGAACUUGCGCCACCUGGUUGCCACAGCUCAACUGCCAGCGCAUGGAUUUCCUCCACCAUUUUACCGACUCUGGAAUUUACAGACAUUGAUAUUUGAUUGGAUUGUGAUAAGCUAUGAGGAGCUGGCGGUGCUGGACAUCUGGCGGAUGCCCCAACUCAGGCACGUCAAGGUACGCGAUAUCAAGCUCACGGAUCCUCCUUCAGAAGAAGAAAAUGGUGGUGAUCAGAUGGUGUUGGAGAAUCUAGAGACGCUGCAGAACGUAUGGAACUUGAAUUUGGGUGAAAAUGUGAUUGGGAGAAUCCCCAAUAUCAAGAAGCUUGGAAUAAAUUACGAUGAGGAAUCAUCACCCGCUGAUUAUGUUCUCGACAAUCUCUGUAGACUACGCAAGCUGGAGUGCCUUUCAAUUUCAUGCAAUUCAUCACUCUCUCGACGAAUUGAGGUGACGUCGUUCCCGAUUACGCUCAGGAAGCUGACUCUGGAAGGCAUGCGGCUGGGGUGGGAGAAGAUGGGGACAAAGAUAGGGUCGUUGCCAUAUCUCGAGGUCCUCAAGCUAAAUAAUAACGCGUUCGUGGGGCCCGAGUGGGAAACGGCCGAGGGUGGAUUCCCGAGCCUGAAAUACUUGCAAAUCGACAGCUGCAGCAGUCUGGAACAGUGGAGGGCAGACGCCACGCACUUCCCCAGCCUCGAGCGGCUCGGCCUGUGGUAUCUAGAUAAGCUGAAUGAGAUUCCAUUGGAAAUUGGGGAUAUAAGCACGCUUAGGGAGAUCUACUUGGAUGGUUGUUCCGACUCAGCCGUGCUUUCUGCAAAGAAGAUUUUAGAGGAACAAGAGGAAUGCCUUGGGGAAGUGGAACUUCAGAUUAGAGUUGGGCUAUGCUAUCAGACCCAACUACGAAAACAGAGCUUGAGUCGUCGGAACUUAUUUGAAUUAGUCUUUUAA